AUGCUGCUGGGUGCAAGUGAAAAUUUUCGCGCAAAAGAAGCUGGAGGUGAUGUGAUGGACGAAAAGUGCCGAUCGAAAAACGGCGCUGACUCGGAAAAUCGGACACUAGGCCGCAGACGGAUACGGGAGGGUAGCAAUCGCCAGCGCAAAGGCAGCAUUGACAAAUUAAAAUUAAAAUUACACUUUGCUCGGCGUGCUGGACGGCGGUUAGCUUCGUAUUCCGCAAAAGGGCGGACAGUUGCACCGAGAAUAAACAUCCCUAAAAUCACAUCCAGGAACACAGUGGCAUCUGCCUUUCGUUCGGUGGCUGAGCCGCUGCAGAAAGCCCUAUUUGAAACUGCCGGUGAGACUCUGGCUGCUCGAGCAAAUAUUGAUGCAGUGGAACGGAAAGCUAUGCAACACCACCAGAUCGCCAUGAUUCUCUCCUCGCGGCAAAAGGCUCUGGAUGCGCUAAAAGAGAUAUCACCAAAGCUGCACGCACUGGCAACAGACCCCUCUCUUAUUAGAAAUGGCGUGCCCCUUGAACGGCGCAUGCUUACCAUGACACCCCCGGCACCUGAUGUAGCCGUCUCCUAA